UCGAAAAGUCUCGAGUAACUGCCAGUAUCCCGGACGACGUUGAACGAACCGAUUCUCCUCGCAGUAUCCUCGUUUCAGUUUUUAUUGUUUUGUUGUAAAAAUGGCGUCUCGCGACAGAAGGACGAGCUCCGAUCAAAUUGACCCAAAUAAUAGAGUCGAGGAAGAUCAGUCCGAUGACGAAACUCCUUCGAACGACGAGGAGUCUCGGUCGUCACCCCCAGCGAGAGCCCAUGUCAAUGAGGCUUUUGAAAGCGACGAGCCUCAGCCGUCGGAUCCGGCACCGACUUCGGAGGGAGACGGUCAGCACCAAGAAGCCGGUCCAUCGCGGCGCAGAAGUUUAAUCGACGAGGCCGGCAACGUAUCGGUUCUCACGCAACGAAGAGGCUCCAAUCAAGAAGCACUCCAAUCCAGAGCCGCGAAUCCAGCUCCACCCAGACAAAUCCAACCGGCGGAAGAACCAGAAAGACGAUUCCAACCAGCGGAAGGGCCACCGAGACAAGAGGCAGAGUGGAACUCACCGCCACCGGACUACGAAGCCGCACAGAGAUACGAUGUGCAUCCGCCGUCGUACGAAGACGCCCAGAGGCAGAUGGACCAGAGACCUAUGAGAGCUCCUCACUGCCAGCAAAGAGCUCGAGACAUACAAGUGAACUUGGCAGCAGCCGCGCGACCGACGACAACUCCGCCACGGCGGCCAGCUCGACCGAGUGGACGGCAACUGGAACUGUACCCUACCGAGGGCGUCCGGAGAUCGGUUUCGAACACCGGGAAACGCUGCUCUCGGAUUCUUAUAGGCGUGGCCUUAUUGGCCGUAAUUGUUGUUGCGAUUGCUGUUAUCCGGUAUCUAUUAUCUUUACGUGCCUCCACGCAUAUGUCCCCAGCCGAACAUGAUUUCGACAUUUUACGAGAAUUUAUGACGACGACGACUGUACGGCCGUGGUGAUAGAAAUACAUAUUUUUUUAUCUUUUGAACUCGAUUGAAUAAAUAAUUGUAAUGUUUGCAUUGCUAUAUGCACCAUAAUA